GUGUCGAGGAGGCGGAGCCUAAGACAGCACGUCUAAGUCUGGAGGUUCCACUGGUUCCUACCUGGCUGUAGAGAGGUUCACCUGUCCCUGCAGUUAUGGCCAUGCACCGCGGCUCUGCACGGGCCGCUCCCGCCUCAGAUAAAGUACAGAAAAACAAGUCUGCACAGACGUCAGGACUGAAACACUGCAGCCGAAUGGAGAAACUUUUAGGGUUUGAAUGGACAGAUUUAUCUAGCUGGCAGAGUGUGGUAACCCUGCUUAACCGACCAACAGACCCUGCAAACCUGGCUGUCUUUCGUUUUCUCUUUGCAUUCUUGAUGCUGCUGGACAUUCCCCAGGAACGGGGCCUUAACUCCUUGGACCGAAAAUACUUGGAUGGGCUGGAUGUGUGCCGUUUCCCCUUGCUGGAUGCCCUGCGCCCACUGCCACUUGACUGGAUGUACCUUGUCUACACCAUCAUGUUUCUGGGGGCACUGGGCAUGAUGCUGGGCCUGUGCUACCGGCUAAGCUGUGUAUUAUUCCUGCUUCCAUACUGGUACGUGUUCCUCCUGGACAAGACAUCGUGGAACAAUCACUCCUAUCUGUAUGGUUUGUUGGCCUUUCAGUUGACAUUCAUGGAUGCAAACCACUACUGGUCUGUGGAUGGCCUGCUGAAUGCCCAAAAGAAGAAUGCCCAUGUACCCCUUUGGAACUACACAGUCCUGCGUGGCCAGAUCUUCAUUGUGUAUUUCAUUGCGGGUGUGAAAAAGCUGGAUGCGGACUGGGUUGGGGGCUACUCCAUGGAGCACCUGUCUCGGCACUGGCUUUUUAGUCCCUUCAAGCUGGUGUUGUCCGAGGAGCUGACAAGCCUGCUGGUGGUACACUGGUGUGGGCUUCUCCUUGACCUCUCAGCUGGAUUCCUGCUCUUCUUUGAUGCCUCAAGAACCAUUGGCCUCUUGUUCGUGUCCUACUUUCACUGCAUGAACUCGCAGCUCUUCAGCAUUGGUAUGUUUCCCUAUGUCAUGCUGGCCAGCAGCCCUCUCUUCUGCUCACCUGAAUGGCCUCGGAAGCUGGUAGCCCGAUGCCCAAAAAGGCUGCAGGAGCUGCUGCCUGCCAAAGCUGCUCCUCGGCCUAGUGCUUCCUGUGUAUAUAAGAGGGCCCGGGCCAAAGCUGGUCAAAAGCCAGGGCUGCGUCACCAGCUGGGAGCCGUUUUCACCCUGCUCUACCUUCUAGAGCAGCUCUUCCUGCCCUAUUCCCAUUUCCUCACCCAGGGUUACAACAACUGGACAAAUGGGCUGUAUGGCUAUUCCUGGGACAUGAUGGUGCACUCCCGCUCCCACCAGCAUGUAAAGAUCACCUACCGCGAUGGCCUCACUGGCGAGCUGGGCUACCUUAACCCUGGGGUAUUCACACAGAGCCGGCGAUGGAAGGACCAUGCAGACAUGCUGAAGCAAUAUGCCACUUGCCUGAGCCUCCUGCUUCCCAAGUACAAUGUCUCUGAGCCCCAGAUCUACUUUGAUAUUUGGGUCUCCAUCAAUGACCGCUUCCAGCAGAGGCUUUUUGACCCUCGAGUGGACAUCGUGCAGGCUGUCUGGUCCCCCUUCCAGCGCACGCCCUGGGUGCAACCACUUUUGAUGGACUUAUCUCCCUGGAGGACCAAGUUACAAGACAUUAAGAGCAGUCUGGACAACCACACUGAGGUGGUCUUCAUUGCAGAUUUCCCUGGGCUACACUUGGAGAAUUUUGUGAGUGAAGACCUAGGCAACACUAGCAUCCAGCUGCUGCAGGGAGAAGUCACUGUGGAAUUGGUGGCAGAACAGAAAAACCAGACUCUUCAAGAAGGAGAGAAAAUGCAGUUGCCUGCUGGAGAGUACCAUAAAGUCUAUACUGUAUCAUCUAGUCCUUCCUGCUACAUGUAUGUCUAUGUCAACACUACAGAGGUCGCACUGGAGCAAGACCUGGCAUAUCUGCAAGAAUUAAAGGAGAAGGUGGAGAACGGAAGUGAAACAGGGCCUCUGCCUCCAGAACUUCAGCCUCUUUUGGAAGGGGAAGUAAAAGGGGGCCCUGAGCCAACACCUCUGGUCCAAACCUUUCUGAGACGUCAGAGGAAGCUCCAAGAAAUUGAACGCAGGCGAAAUAGUCCUUUCCAUGAGCGAUUCCUUCGCUUUGUGCUGCGAAAGCUGUAUGUCUUUCGACGCAGCUUCCUGAUGACUCGAAUUUCACUCCGAAACCUGCUAUUAGGCCGCCCUUCCCUAGAGCAACUAGCCCAAGAGGUGACAUAUGCAAACUUGCGGCCAUUUGAACCAGUUGAUGAGUCAAGUGCUUCAAACACAGAUUCUUCAAAUCCUAAUCCUUCAGAGCCAGAUUCUGAGCAUGUUCACUCUGAGUUCUGAAGGGAGUCCAGAUGCUCUGUGCAGAUGUGGAGGCAGCCUGUUACAGGCUUUAUUGUCUAUGCAAAGGACAUAUUUUGGAGAAAAAUGAUUUUGAGAUAGGCUUUUACAGUACAGCCCAGGCUGUCCUCAAACUCAUGGUGGCCUCUGUUUUCAGCUCGUUUUGUGAUCACAUAUAUAUCAGCAAACCUAGGUGGUUUCCCCUUUAUAUUUUUUUCCCCUUACAUGUUCUUUAAAAUUAUAGCUUACAGGAUCCAAGGCAACAGAGAAUUUGAAUCCCAAGACUGAGGGCUUUUAGUUUUUCUUGACAGGAUUUCUCCACGUAGACCAGACUGGCCUUGCUCUCAAGAGAUUUACCAGCCUCUGCCUUCUGAGUGCUGGAAUUGGCAUGGGACAUCACUGCCUGGCUUAUAGUAGUCAUUUUUAAGUUGACUUGUUCUUUAGGCAAAGGAAUUGCACUACAAUGAAUAUAGCUGAACCCAUGUACUUGCUACAUCUAUGAGUGAGUUGACAAUCUGAAAUGUUAAGAUUUAAGGUCCUGUACCCUGCAUUUCAGACUUAAACUAAAACUGAAGCAGUAUAAACUUGUGUUAACUCCAAGGGACUAGGGUGACCAGGUAGUAAUAAAGGCACAAGGUAGUUUUUAAUUUAUCAUUCAUUCCUAUUUGUAGCCAGCAAGUUUUUCAGCAUCAUUGGCAUCAGAAUAGCACUACUAAAUAGGGGAAGCCAGAUGGCUUACUUUUGUAUAAAUCAGCUUAGUGAAUGGUAACUCUCUAAGCCAUGGCUGAGUCAUAAGCCUUGAGGUUUUGUUUCCUUAUAUUGGCCAAGCCCCAUCACAUCUUCCUUCUAUUCAUCCUAUUUUUAAUCUUUACUAUCCCUCUAUUCUUUCAUCCUUUAUUCUGAAAUCUAAGUUAGGGAUAGACCAAGGUAGGGUCAUCACUUUCAAUUGCACACGUUAGGCCUGAAAAAUGGAGACCCAAAAAUCCAGCUUAAUGCAUACAAUGCAUUUUGCGUAGGCUACUAAUGGCCAUGCACAGGGAGUUCUGGUCAUCUUUAACAGGAAAAACACUAGUUUGCAUUCCUUUUCAUGGCCUUACCUUACUUAACAGUAUGAAAUACAACAUGGCAUUAUGUUCUUGUGCUAUUUCUUAUUCAGGAGGGGGACCUUGCAAACUUUUGUGGUGAAAUGAACCCAAGGUUCAGGCAAAAUAUGAAGUUUGUACAGAGAUGCUCCUUUCAUGUUGAUUUACUGAGAUCUCUUCCCCCUCCCCAAAUGUUGGGAUAAAUUAAGUGGAGAUGAGGUUAAGCUGCUUGAGGCUAGAUUAGUCUCCCAUGCAUGAAGUCCUCGGGUUUGAAGUUCAGCACCAAAUAAAUGAAGUGAGACCCCAUUUAGUUGAUGGAAAUUGUAUGGUAUUGCCAGAGGAACCAGGCUUUGCAGUUAGUUGUUUUGUAAAAAGCAUCUAGCUGAAUUACUUCACCUGUCUCCAGCAUACAGGUGUUCUUAGCCUUGAACCACUCCCCAUGCUUGCUUAUUCAUUUCCUCCCAUCCUCCCUGGACUAGUGUCCACACACCUAUUUCUUAGGACCUUAGUUUUGGGGAUCUCACAAGUACAUCUAUAUAGUUGAGCAUUUUAGAGAUGGCCUCACCCCAGGCCACCCCCAAAUAUAAACUAUGCAGCUGAGGAUGAUCUUGAUCUCCCAGUUGUCCUGUUCUUCCUACUGGGCAAUCUCAUUGCUGUCUCGAGCACACAAGCAUAUAAAAACUUGAGAUAAGGACUUGCUAAGUAUAAUAUAAAGUAGCCCAAGUUAACCCAAUCUCUUGAAUGCUGGGAUGGAAACAUGGGCCACUCUUCUUAAACACCUGGAAAUUUAACUGUGUUCAUCUUUGUCUCCAAGUUAAAGGAACAUGCUGCCAUCACCACCAGGCAAAGAAAUUCAAUAAACUGUGAUACAUUAA